AAAGGGCUGCCAGCGCCCAGGUACGACAGGUGAGCUCUCCGUGCACCGUAGCAUUUCGGAUUAUAGAUUUCAUCGCCGACAACCACUCGUCGUUGGUUUUUUCAAGAUAUCCAACUUUGAGAGCGAGCAAGACCGAUUUUGACACCGAUAAGUCCUUGAUUUCCACAAUAAACUUCCAGUUAGGCCCACUCAGUGCUUGAUGGCAAAGGACGCCAGAGGUAUUUGUCUGAGCGACAAGCAAACCCCAGUGGUAUUUCCCUGUGAUUCCGGUAUCCCAUAGAACCAUAUAUAAUCCGUUCUCCUCAACCCGCACGCCAUUGUCUAGCCUGUUACCAGCGGAGGUACUUUGAUCGUUUAUAUCAAGGAGCGUAGAUAAUGGUUUAAAAUUACCGAACAUCAUAAAAAAAAAAAAAAAAACUGCAGAGACACAGACGCAAUAAUUAUUGACCGACAGCGGAAAUGGGAAUGAUAGGCGUGCAAGAUUGCGUUAGGCCAGGGUAGGCUAAGAGGAAAGAGAAAGAAGAAUAGAAGGAUGAUUGAGCAUGCAACUCUAGUCCUUGAUAGUAGUAGAUCUAGAGCCCGCGAUGUUCAUGAUCAAAGAAGAUAAACCCUCAAGGUAAUGAUCCUGUUUAUACACAGGAUGCAUGUCGGUGGUAAAUCUCCAUCUGCAACAAAGCUGGCGCUUCAAACUGAUCAAUACGGGCUUCUCGGAGAGCCUGCCUCUAGAGACAUGAGAUCCAAUGGUUUCAAUCCUCGGGUAGGAACGCGCUCAUUUCCGACCAGUGAUGCAUGGAUAGCCAAAUGCUGGACAACCAUGAGCUGGGUGCGAUUCGGGACAUGCAGUCCUCUGCCACCUGGGCUGUGACAUUGUGUGCACCACCCACUGCCCUCUGAAAAAGUGUACCAGUGAGCCCAUGGGACUGGGCGCCUGGCACAGCUGGCUGUCCCAUGAUCUGAAAAGACCUUUUGAUUAUUUUCUUUUUCUUUUCUUUUCUUUUCUGUGUAGUAUGUUGCCCUUUCGUUGGUCAAAUUGUCUGGAUUUGGUGGAAGAGAGAAACAGCUGGAGGUGGAUGACAUAAGCACAAGGCAGCCGGCAUCACGUAAGCGGCCAGAAGCAAGAGCGUCAACGACAGCUUCAGCUUCAUCAUUCAACAGAACAACAUCCAAAAAGUCAACAUACAGCAUACAACAUACAUUCUUCUUAUUAUCUCUUUCCUUAGUGUUGCUACUGUCGAUAUUAUAACCUCUUUCCGUUAUUGUCCCCUUUCUGCCUCCGAAAUGACCUCCCUUCUAAAUCAUCCCUCGUCCCAUGCCGAAACAAUAGGUUAUUCAUUCGCAGAACCACAAGGAACCACCAGGCCAAAGCAACAUCAUGGCUUCAACCCAUAUACCGACAACGGGGGCUCAACACUCGGCAUCGCAGGCAAAGACUACGCAAUCCUAGCAGGUGACACGCGCUCCGUCUCCGGCUACAACAUCAACACCCGCUAUGCGCCCAAGCUCUUCAAAAUAGGCGAAGACAAUGAAGGCGGCGAAGGUGCCCACCUCGUUCUAUCAGUCGUCGGUUUCGCAGCAGACGGCCGCGCCCUCAAAGAACGUCUUGAUGCCAUCGUUAAAAUGUACAAGUACAGGCAUGGCAAGCCCAUGUCCGUGAAAGCUUGUGCGCAGCGCCUGGCUACCAUCCUCUACUCGAAACGCUUUUUCCCCUACUAUGUGCACGCGAUCCUGGCUGGUAUUGAUGAGGAGGGUAAGGGUGCGUUGUACAGCUACGAUCCCGUUGGUUCAUAUGAGAGGGAGUAUUGCAGGGCCGCCGGUGCGGCGGCGAGCUUGAUUAUGCCAUUCUUGGAUAAUCAGGUCAAUUUUAAGAAUCAAUUUAUUCCAGGAUCUGGGGAGGGGAACGCGAUGGAUAAACAGCCCCGAGAGCCUGUGCCACCUCCGAGGGAUGUUGCGCUGCAGCUGGUCAAGGAUGCGUUUACGAGUGCAGUGGAGAGACAUAUUGAGGUUGGCGACGGGUUGCAGGUUAUGGUGAUUACGACAGAGGGGAUACAGGAGGUUCACCACCCGUUGAAGAAGGAUUAGAUGGUGGUUUUCUAGAGCGCUUUGGUUUUGUUUUUCUCUUCUCCUCUGGCUUUCUUUUGUGAUUCGCCGAGCAAACGUUCAGUACAAUGCGAUUUCCUUUAUUAGGUCAUGAUAAAAAAAUAAUCAAUAUGGUUCAUAAAAACGUUGCUUUUGUUAAUCCGAUUUCGUUAAAUCCAAUUCCCAUCUUACCCUAUCAUUGCCUUCAUACAAACGGGCAAGCUGGGUGGAUAUCAAGAUAUCAAGGUAAAAAGUGAAACUCCAAAACGCCGUUGCUAUGCCACUGUAGGUAUCAUUUCCAGGAGCCAUUCGCUCAAAACCGCUCUUUCAUCCGCGACGCCACAGU